CUGAAGUGAACAGUGCCUCAACAUGUAGGGAUAAAAACACAGGAUCGCCUCUUCGAGAUUUAAAAUCUUGGACACAAUAGGGCAGGGACGUCUUCCCUACAACUAAGAUAAAUUUGCAUGUGGCUGGCCUCAAGCAUGUCCCUGUGGCAAAACCUGACACUUCUCUUGGCAAUAACUGUUAAUAUAUGCAAAGCUAAGGGAUGUGCCGACUUAACAGAUUUAGAGUUGGCUCAUGCGAUCAUCGGCACCAGCCUCAGGAUAAGGUUGCUGCUGUUCACCAGAGACACAAAACACUGCGGCUCGCUUCUCUCUCACACCAACUUCUCGGCCGAUCCUCACUUCAACCUGUCUCGACCCACUACCUUUAUCAUCCACGGGUAUCGGCCCACGGGCACUCCCCCCGUCUGGGCUCACCGGAUCAAAGACCUGCUUCUGGCCAGAAAAGACAUCAAUGUCAUAUUAGUAGACUGGAACCGCGGAGCUGCUAAUGUGAAUUAUUUCAAAGCGGUAGAGAACACGCACAAGGCCGGAGAAAACCUCACUGCCUUCCUUAAAUUGAUGAAGGAGCACGGUACCUCUCUGAGUGACAUCCACAUGAUCGGAAUCAGUCUUGGCGCUCACAUUUCAGGUUUUGUGGGCGCUAACCUGAAUGGUACAAUUGGAAGAAUUACAGCUCUGGAUCCUGCCGGGCCUGAGUUCACUGGCGCUACCCCAGAAAACCGCCUGGAUCCCACAGAUGCCCAGUUUGUGGAUGCUUUGCACACGGACAUAGAUGCCCUGGGCUACAGAGAAGCUCUAGGUCACAUUGAUUUUUACGCCAAUGGAGGAACAGAUCAACCUGGCUGCCCUAAAACCAUCUUCUCAGGAAUGUCCUACUUUAAAUGUGACCACCAGAGAUCUGUGUACCUCUACUGUGAGUCCUUGAAUCACACUUGCACCAGCAGGGCGUUCCCAUGCGCCUCCUACAAGGACUUCCGGGAUGGCAAGUGCACAAGCUGUGAGCAGUUUGGUGACGCUGGAUGCCCUGUGUUGGGUUAUGACAUCGACAAGUGGAGACCCAUUUUGUUGGAGCUGGGCCAAACCAAAACUUUCUUCAUUACAAAUGAAAAGGCUCCAUUCUGCAUGGCAAAUUACAGACUGGAUGUGGUGAUCUGGAAUGAGGACGACCACUGGGGCUAUAUCACUGUUAAACUUCACGGGAAUGCUACGGAGGCUGUGGCAAAGAUUGACCAUAAAGCUGCCCAGUUCCAGAAGUUCACUGAGAUGAAGUUGUUUGCCCAGUUUGACACUGACCUCAAGUCAGUGAACAAGAUGUCUCUCAUAUUCUCCACUGGGAAUGUUUUCAAGUCCAAGUACAAACUGCGGGUUCUCCGGAUCCGUCUCACACAUCUGGAACGUCACUACAGGCCUCUGUGUCGUUAUGACCUGGUCCUCAAGGAAAGCAAAGAGGUCUCCUUCACCCCACUUCCCUGCCAAGAGUCCAACUUCUGAAGCUAAAUCACAGGACAAACUUGCACCAUUUAUUCUGAAAGUCACCUGUGAGCCUCUCCAGGACAUACACAAUGUGUUACAUCGAAUGUACUGUCUGUCUUUUUCUGAGUGAUUUAAAUUUAUCUGAUGCCACUGAAAAUUAAGUUAGUUCUCAAUCAGAUAAAAAAACCCUUGCAAUGAUAUCUCACAUAUAACAGUAUUGUGUUCAUAAAGUGAAUGUAAAUAUAGGUAAUGUUUCAUCCAUAACCUCUUGAUAUUAUAGUGCUGUACAACUGGAUAUAUGUAUAUUAACUGACCAGAUAAAAGUAUAUAUUAUUUA